CCGGUGGACUGCAGGGAAGAGAUGUGGGCACAGGUUGGCCUUUUUGUGACCACUCGAACUGCCUGUGGGAAUGCCAGGGGUAAAUAAAACGCACAGAGGGCUCAUCCCACCUGCCCCUCUCGAAGAGAGGAUUCUGAAAGGAGGAACUGACCACAAAACCCGAGGGAAGGAAGGAGGGAGAAGCCUCAGCACAAAAGGUCAACGUGAGUCUGGGCCCAAGCUGGUCAUGGAAAAGUCUGCAGAAUCACCAGAUCCGGAGCGGAGCAGCCCCCCCAUGCUGUCUGCCGACGAUGCCGAGUACCCUCGGGAGUACCGGACCCUGGGGGGUGGGGGCGGCGGGGGCAGCGGGGGCCGGCGCUUCUCCAAUGUGGGGCUGGUGCAUACCUCCGAGCGGCGGCACACCGUGAUUGCUGCCCAGAGCCUGGAGGCGCUCAGCGGUCUCCAGAAGGCGGAUGCUGACCGCAAACGAGAUGCAUUCAUGGACCACCUGAAGAGCAAGUACCCCCAGCAUGCCCUGGCCCUGCGAGGUCAGCAGGACAGGAUGCGGGAGCAGCAACCAAACUACUGGAGUUUCAAGACCCGCAGCUCGCGCCAUACUCAGGGAGCCCAGCCAGGGCUGGCAGACCAGGCAGCCAAGCUGUCCUACGCCUCGGCUGAGUCGCUGGAGACCAUGUCCGAGGCCGAGCUGCCCCUGGGCUUCAGCAGGAUGAACCGCUUCCGACAGAGCUUGCCUCUCUCCCGCUCUGCCAGCCAGACCAAGCUGCGCUCACCAGGGGUCCUGUUCCUGCAGUUCGGGGAGGAGACGCGACGCGUACAUAUCACCCAUGAGGUCAGCAGUCUGGACACGCUGCACGCACUCAUCGCGCACAUGUUCCCGCAGAAGCUCACCAUGGGCAUGCUUAAAUCGCCCAACACCGCCAUCCUCAUCAAAGACGAAGCUCGGAACAUCUUCUACGAGCUGGAGGACGUCCGGGACAUUCAGGACCGCAGUAUUAUCAAGAUCUAUAGGAAGGAGCCACUGUAUGCUGCUUUUCCUGGCUCACAUCUCACCAACGGGGACCUCCGGAGAGAGAUGGUGUACGCGUCGCGGGAGUCGUCGCCCACGCGGCGCCUCAACAACCUGUCACCCGCAUCGCACCUAGCAUCUAGCUCACCACCUCCAGGGCUCCCAUCGGGGCUGCCGUCGGGGCUGCCGUCGGGACUGCCAUCGGGCUCUCCCUCGCGCUCACGCCUCUCCUACGCUGGGGGCCGCCCUCCCUCUUACGCAGGCAGUCCAGUGCACCACCCGGCUGAGCGGCUGGGAGGUGCUCCAGCCAGCCAGGGCGUGAGUCCCAGCCCUAGCGCCAUCCUGGAGCGACGCGAUGUGAAGCCGGACGAGGACCUGGCCGGCAAGGCGGGCGGCAUGGUGCUGGUAAAGGGCGAAGGUCUCUACGCCGAUCCCUACGGGCUCCUGCACGAGGGCCGCCUGAGCCUGGCCGCCGCGGCGGGGGACCCGUUCGCAUAUCCAGGCGCAGGCGGCUUGUACAAGCGGGGCUCAGUGCGCUCGCUCAGCACCUACUCUGCCGCCGCGCUGCAGUCCGACCUGGAGGACUCGCUGUACAAGACAGGCGCCGGUGGUCCGCUCUACGGCGAUGGUUAUGGCUUCCGCCUGCCGCCUUCGUCCCCGCAGAAGCUGUCCGAUGUGUCUGCGCCCUCUGGGGGACCCCCACCCCCGCACAGCCCCUACUCGGGGCCGCCCAGUCGUGGCUCUCCAGUGCGUCAGUCCUUCCGCAAAGACUCUGGCUCCUCGUCGGUCUUUGCCGAGAGUCCUGGAGGCAAGGCUCGCAGCACCGGGAGCGCCUCGACGGCUGGAGCACCACCUUCUGAGCUCUUCCCUGGACCUGGGGAGCGCUCCCUAGUAGGGUUUGGGCCGCCGGUGCCAGCCAAGGACACAGAAACCAGGGAGCGCAUGGAAGCCAUGGAGAAGCAGAUUGCCAGCCUCACGGGGCUGGUGCAGAGCGCCCUGCUGCGAGGUUCAGAGCCUGAGACCCCAAGCGAGAAGAUUGAAGGCUCCAACGGGGCAGCCACCCCCUCAGCACCGUGUGGGUCAGGCAGUCGGAGCAGCGGGGCUACUCCGGUGUCAGGCCCUCCCCCACCCUCAGCCAGCAGCACCCCUGCAGGGCAGCCCACUGCUGUCAGCCGCCUGCAGAUGCAGCUGCACUUGCGUGGCCUACAGAACAGCGCCAGUGACCUUCGAGGCCAGCUUCAGCAAUUGCGCAAGCUCCAGCUCCAGAACCAAGAGUCGGUACGCGCCUUGCUGAAGCGCACCGAGGCGGAGCUGAGCAUGCGCGUGUCUGAGGCGGCGAGGCGGCAGGAGGACCCGCUGCAGCGGCAGCGCACCCUGGUGGAGGAGGAGCGGUUGCGUUACCUCAACGACGAGGAGCUCAUUACUCAGCAGCUCAAUGACCUGGAGAAGUCAGUGGAGAAGAUCCAGAGGGAUGUGGCCCAUAACCACCGGCUGGUGCCUGGUCCUGAGUUGGAAGAGAAGGCGCUGGUGCUAAAACAGCUUGGGGAGACGCUAACGGAGCUCAAGGCUCAUUUCCCAGGCCUGCAGAGUAAGAUGCGGGUGGUGCUGCGUGUGGAGGUGGAGGCCGUGAAGUUCCUGAAGGAGGAGCCUCAGCGCCUCGAUGGACUUCUCAAGCGCUGCCGGGGGGUCACUGACACGCUGGCCCAGAUCCGAAGGCAAGUGGACGAAGGGGUGUGGCCACCCCCCAACAGUCUCCUGAGCCAGUCUCCCAAGAAGGUGGCAGCUGAAACAGAUUUCAGCAAGGGCUUGGACUUUGAAAUACCACCCCCGAGUCCUCCAUUGAAUCUCCAUGAGCUGAGUGGGCCUGCCGAAGGAGCCCCUCUGACCCCAAAGAGCAGCAAUCCCACCAAAGGCCUGGAUGCUUCCGGCAAGAGAAGCGUGGACAAAGCUGUGUCUGUUGAGGCUGCAGAGAGAGACUGGGAAGAGAAACGGGCAGCCCUGACCCAGUACAGCGCCAAGGACAUCAACCGGCUGCUGGAGGAGACACAGGCUGAGCUGCUCAAGGCCAUCCCUGACCUGGACUGUGCCAGCAAGGCCCACACAGGACCCACUCCCACCCCAGACCACAAGCCCCCCAAGGCACCCCAUGGUCAGAAGGCAGCCCCCCGGACAGAGCCCAGUGGGAGGAGAGGCUCAGAUGAGCUCACAGUGCCCCGGUACCGCACAGAGAAGCCCUCUAAGUCACCCCCACCACCCCCUCCUCGCCGGAGUUUCCCUUCCUCCCACGGCCUGACCACCACGCGUACCGGAGAGGUGGUGGUCACCAGCAAGAAAGACUCGGCCUUCAUCAAGAAGGCAGAGUCUGAGGAGCUGGAGGUCCAGAAACCCCAGGUGAAGCUACGCCGGGCUGUGUCUGAGGUGGCCCGCCCUGCCUCCACACCACCUAUCAUGGCCUCUGCCAUCAAGGAUGAAGAUGAUGAGGAGCGCAUCAUUGCUGAGCUGGAGGUGUUUGAAAGAAGUUCAGUAUCUUCCCUUCCCCCUACGCCCCGCCGCCAGCCGAUCCCCACCUUGCUGUCCCCUCAGGACCUGGGGUCCCCUGGGGGCUCAGCUCUGAGCUCCCCAUGGAAGAGCGGUGGUGGCAGCGUGCCACCCAUGAAGGUGGUGACUCCAGGAGCUUCUCGUCUGAAGGCAACCCAGGGCCCAGCAGGCAGCCCUGAUAAAGGCAAACACAGCAAGCAAAGGACGGAGUACAUGAGGAUCCAGGCCCAGCAGCAGGCCACUAAACCAUCUAAAGAGAUGAGCAGGCCAAAUGAGACCUCGAGCCCAGUCUCAGAAAAGCCCUCUGGUUCCAGAACCUCCAUCCCCGUAUUGACUUCCUUUGGGGCAAGGAAUUCUUCCAUCUCCUUCUAGAAGGCCCUCAUACCACCACCCCAGCCUGCCCCCCUCCUGCCAUCGUUCCCUGCUUCCUUUCAUGCCCACUCCUCUCCUCCCCACUCUCACGCCUGAAGGGUUUUGGGGCCAUGGCCCUCAGCUCUCUCAUCUCCUCUUGGUGUUUUGGGGGUUUUUUUAGUGAUUCUCUU